AUGGCACCAAUCAAAACCAAGUCUAUCCCAUCAACCUAUUUGAGCCUUAAGAAAGCAAAGGAAGCGAUAGCGAAGAAACGCAGUGAGCGCAGUAGAGAUCUGAAUCGUUGCCGAGAGGCCUACAGAUGUAUGCACCGCAAUGCCACGGACGAAGAAUUCAAAGCCAAUUCCAAGGACUACAAGAGACUGAUUGAAGUGUCCAAAGAAGAAAUCCGCGAACUAGAGAACGAAGUCGCCUCGUUGGAGAGACACCUAAAAGAUUUGGAAGAAGAAGCUGCACGAAAAAGGAAGGCAAUGCGGGCCCAGAAUGCCGUACACGACAAUGGCGGCUCAGAAGUUGAGAAUCAGCUCUCAAAUAAACGAAAAAAGACAGCACAGGUUGCUAAGAAUGCAAUCAACCUUUGCGACAGCGGAGACGAUGACGACGACACUGCUGAAGAAGAGGCCGACGCCGAGAAAGAGGCCCAAGCUGAGGAGGAUGUCGUGAUGUCAUUCCUGAAAAGGACCAAGCAGACGGACCUUGACGGUGUACUCCAAUCGUUGGCACAAUGCAAUCGCAACUCCAACCAAAGGGGCGACUUUGAUGACGGCGCUGACACAACCAAGCCGCGCGCAGAAACCCCACGAGUCAUUUGCUACAAUGACCGAGACUAUCAUGAAAAGAAAUGCUACCACGUGGAUCAUGAUGGAAAGAAUCUGAUCAUGGGCAUAGUGGGCUUUUUCUCCAUAACCGAGGCAAAAUGUGUCUUGGUUCGUCCGUUUUCGGAUACCAUUCUGGGAAUGCAAGUUGAUGGCGUUGACUAUGAUCCAACCACCUGGGAACCAUCACCUUAUGUUCAAAUUGACCAAGCUCUUGACCCUGUGGCGCUCGGCAGGCUCGGGGAAGAGUGUUCCGAAGUGCCAAUCCUUCCCGAACUAAUCUAUAAGGUGUCCAUGCCUGGAGAAUGGCUACAUUUUGCUUACCGCCACAACCAUAAGCGCCAGAUCUCAGGGAAGCGCACUGGUGACAUACGCUUGGUUGAUCUGUUUGCGGGUGCAGGAAUCAUGAGUCAUGGGCUAAACAAAAACUAUGGCGUGGAGACCGUUUGUGCUGUCGAGCUGAACAAGAACGCCAAAAUAGCAUUUGAGAUGAACCAUCCUGAAUGCACGAGAGUGGAAUGCAUGGACGUUCGAGACUGGAACCGAAAGUGCGAAAACGACAAAGCAUACAAAGCCGCCCUAGGCAUCAUCCUUUGGAUCCAUGCGUCGCCUCCGUGCCAAGGGUGCUCCGGAGCCAACAGGAAUGGUGGGAAAAACGACAAAGCCAACAAUGAGUUGUCUUUUGAGUUUGUGAAGGCCGUCCAGAUUCACAAGCCAGUCUUUGCGACGUUUGAAAACGUCCCAGGAAUGUGGGUUAAGAAGAAUCGGCACUACCUUCUCAACAUCCUUCGUUCCCUGAUGCAGGAGGGCUACCAGGUUCGUUGUUGCUGGUUGAAAGCAUCGGACUACGGCGACCCUCAGGCACGACCUCGCCUCUUUAUCUUUGCUGCUCGAAGCUUUGCAUACUUGCCCUCUCUGCCCAAGAAGACCCACGGAGAAGGAGCCUCCAUGCAUCGAAUUACCGUAGAAGAUGCUCUAAAAGGAUUGUCCAAGCAAAAUCAGAAUCAGAUGGACGAAGCUCCCCUUACACUAUGA